GGUUGCGUGGUAUUUUCGUCAUACUUUCGCAACGGUCACACGCUUUCUAUUUGAUUUUUUUUUCCAAUCAUUUUUGUUAAACAAUUUACCGUGAAUUUUGUUGUUGUGUGUGUGGAUGUGUACGUACUGGCGGAAAAAAGCAAUACGAAAGUGCUGGCUUAAAGCGAAAAUAAACGAAAUACGGCAGAAAAUGCUGGCAAACAACAAUUCAUCAAGGUGAAACUGCGCGCCCUGGCAUUGAGUUCUCGCCUUUGAAAACGGGGCGCUAUUAACCUGGCUGUUUAAACAAGAAAAAAAACUGUUAACUACUUGUCGUUCGAUUGGUGCAUUGAAUAAAAGGAAAUUCAUCAUAUUUUGGCGGCCAAUUUGCAAAUACAAAAUACUAAAUACGCUAGAUGAAGCACGCACAUACACAAAGGCGCUGGCGAACGUAAAUACACAACACACACGCACAGCGGAGUGGCUACCGAAUAUAGUCGUCUCGCUUGCACCUACUGUGAGCGGAAGGGCUGCUAAAGCAAGAUAGAAAUAGAGAGAGGCCCCUGAACUGCCUUUCUUGUACAUUAUAUAUUUUUUAUUGUUUUUUUCUGUGGUACGACGUGUGCGUGUGUGUGUGCGAGAGUGCCAAAUGUCAUCGGAAAUUACAACACUGCGCGACGUCUAGGAGGUAGAAGAAGAGGAAGAAGAAGCGGCAGCCCCAAGCAGCGGCAACAUAAACAAAACACGGGAAAAACAAAAAUACAAGAUGUUGCCCGCCAAUAAUAAAAGUAACACCCAUACCAACAGCACUACCAAUACCAACAGAUGCCUCAUCAAGUCGGCCAUUGAAAGAACGGUAGUUCGUCUAAGGGAAACGCCAACUACCAGCGGCUCUUCAUUCCAGGACACCGAAUCACCGUGUUUGGAAUACGAUAUUAUUAACUAUUAUGCCGAUAAUAAUACGACAACAAUGCCGCCACCGCCACGAAUAGCCGUUACUCCACGGCAACAGCAGAAACAGCAUUUGUCCUCUUCUCGCCACGGCAGCAACAAUAACAAUAACAGUGAGUGCCAUCCAGCACUGGAUGCCAGCAGUGUUGUUGUUAUUGCACCGGCAGCGGGGAGAGGUCAAACGUCGGAUCAGGAUGCAUUUCCGAGCCUGGACGAAGAAUUAAUGAACGACACUGACGACAUGGAAGUGGAAAUAGAUGUGGAGGCGGGAUCAACACCAGCCAAGCCGUUUAAUCCAAAGAAACAACAGCAGAAUAUAACGACAGAGACAACAAAUCGUUUUCGGGGCGGCGGUGGAGCGGCGCAAAGUCGUUUACGCCGGUCAGCGGCAAUCGUUCCAGUGAGAUCACAACAACAACAGCAGCAGCAGCAACAACCGCUUCCAGAGAGCGGCGGUUCCAAUAACAACUCUAGCCCAAGUGCUUCCAAUCCCUCGCCGUGCUCUUCCCUUGGCGUUAAUAUGCGCGUAACGGGACAAUGCAGCCAAGGCGGCAGGAAAUAUAUGGAAGAUCAGUUUUCGGUUGCCUAUCAGGAAUCACCGGUAACGCACGAACUAGAAUAUGCAUUCUUUGGCAUAUAUGAUGGCCAUGGCGGUCCCGAGGCUGCACUCUUUGCCAAGGAACAUUUAAUGCUGGAGAUUGUCAAGCAAAAACAGUUUUGGUCGGAUAAGGACGAGGACGUCCUGAGAGCAAUACGCGAGGGAUACAUCGCUACACACUUCGCCAUGUGGCGGGAACAAGAGAAAUGGCCCCGCACCGCCAACGGGCACCUGAGCACCGCUGGCACCACCGCCACAGUGGCUUUCAUGCGUCGCGAGAAGAUCUACAUCGGCCAUGUGGGCGAUUCUGGGAUCGUUUUGGGCUACCAGGUCAAGGGCGAACGCAACUGGCGGGCCAAGCCACUGACCACCGAUCACAAGCCGGAAUCGCUGGCGGAGAAGACGAGAAUCCAGCGAGCCGGCGGCAAUGUGGCCAUCAAGUCGGGAGUACCGCGCGUGGUGUGGAAUCGACCCAGGGAUCCAAUGCAUCGCGGACCAAUUCGGAGGAGAACUUUGGUGGACGACAUACCCUUCUUGGCGGUGGCCCGUUCCCUGGGCGAUCUCUGGAGUUACAAUUCACGCUUCAAGGAGUUCGUUGUGAGUCCAGAUCCGGAUGUCAAGGUGGUCAAAAUCGAUCCCAGUACGUUUAGAUGCCUGAUCUUCGGCACCGAUGGCCUGUGGAACGUGGUGACCGCCCAGGAGGCGGUGGACAGUGUGCGCAAGGAGCACUUGAUCGGCGAGCUACUGAAAGAACAGGACGUCAUGAAUCCCAGCAAGGCGCUGGUGGACCAAGCCCUAAGAACCUGGGCUGCCAAAAAGAUGCGGGCGGACAACACGUCCGUUGUGACUGUGAUACUAACGCCAGCGGCACACAACAACUCCGCAAACUCACCCACAAACACGCCGGCGCGUUCGCAAUCCGCAAUGCAACGCGACACUGAUCUGGAGGUCGAACUCCUGCUGGAGGAAGACGACGAGCAGGGGGAGCACUCCCCGCUGGAUGCGGACGUGGAUGUCGAUGUGGAGAACAACUGCCCGGAGUUUCUCAUCGAGGAGGAUGAGUAUGUGCUCGACCAGCCGUACAGUGCCUUGGCCAAGCGGCACCUUCCGCCGGAAGCCUUUCGCGACUUCGAUUACUUUGGCCUGGACGAGGAUGAGGAACAGGAGGAGGAGGAGGAGGAGGACGAAGACGACGAGACCAUCGAGGAGGAGCACGCCGAGGAGGAAAGCCAAAUCAAGUCCGACGGUCUGCUGCAGCAGAUCUUGUUUAGUUCGCGGAAGGCGUGGCGCAAGUCCACGAUCAACAACUCGUGGAACGGCGCAACCGAACCGGAACCUGAUCCCGAUCCCGAGCCAGACCGACUCACUGGCGCCACAAUGGACAUGUAUUCGCACAGCAGCAUCGACAAGUGCGCCAUUUAUGCGAACAGCGUAAAUGUAACGGCGCCACCGGCAAUUAGUCCAAUUAAUCCAGCCGUGCGGGCUGGCAAUCGGGAGCUAAGCGAACUGGAGCAGCACCUGGAGAGCAGCUACAGUUUCGCCGAGUCCUACAACACGCUGCUCAACGAGCAGGAGGAGCAGGAGGCGCGUUCUCGUUCCGCAGCAGCGGCAGCAGCAGCAGCAGAAGCAGAAACCCAUCCAUCCACCACUGGCCAAUCCACUGCAUCCGUUGUGGUGGAUCGCAGCAUGCUGGAGAUCAUCCAGGAGCAGCAGCACUACCAGCAGCAGGAGGGCUACUCGCUGACGCAGCUGGAGACUCGAAGGGAACGGGAGCGGCUGACCACCGAAGCGUGGCCGCAGCAACAACAACAGCCGGCGGAGCUGAUCGAACUGGACGCUCUGCUGCAGCAGGAGCGCGCCGAGGAGGAGCAGGUGGCGCUGGAGCAGCAGCUGCAGCGCGAGCAGGCCAUCAUCAGCAGUUCGGGUCAGCAGGAGUUCGCCUUCCCCACAGCAGCCAUCGCCGAACAAUGGAACAAUGCAACGUCGACGGAGGAGGAGGAAAUCGAGGUGCCUGUAAUGGAGACCAUCGUCCACAUCGAGCAGGAAUCCGAACGGGAACAGGAACCCUGUGUAGAGGAACCCGAACAGGAGCUGCAGGACAACGAGGUGAGCUCCACGCUGCCCGCCACUCCCACGCAACAAGUGAUCCAGGUGGAGAUCGAACCGCUGCUCGUGGAGCCGCCCAUCAAACUGCUGGAAAAGCUGGCGACGGAGAAGGAGAAGCCUCUGGCACGAAAGCUGCCCAGGCAGCCGGAGGGAGCCAAGCAGGACGCGCCGGGACUCGUGGCUGUGCUGGAAACAGUGGCCGAGAUCCGCAAGGAGGAUCCAUGCAACCACGAGGCGGUCCACUACCUGUUCGAGCACAUCCAAAAGCUCCAGGACUCGGAGAUCACCCCGGUGGCCUCCAACUCCUCGGUGGGCGAAUCGCUCGACUCCGCUGGCUCAAUGGCCGCUCCACGAAUCCGUCAAAUCCGAAGGUAUCGCAAUGUUCCGAACGAGAAUCACCAGCACAUGCAGACGCGUCGCCGCCAGAUCUUCAAGCACGUCAAGCCCAAGUCCUUCAUGGCGUCCAGUGCGGCGGCGAUUGUGGCCUACAGCGAUGCCAAUGGAUCACCAGCGCAUGGAGCAGUCGGCUCCCCGGGCUCAAAUUCCGUUGAAGGACGAGUGGGUGGCGGUGGCGUUGGCGGCGGCGGAGCGACCAGCGGUGGCUCCAAUCCAGCGGUGGUGGCCGUCAAUCGCCGGCGCAGCGUCAACGUCAACGUGGUGGCCAGUUCGAGCGGAAAUGGAAGCGGUGGAGCCACCGGUUCCAUGAUGAUGACCCGUCGCAGUCACAGCUUGACGGCCAGCGGUGCGGUGAGCAAGCGCCAGCUGCGGAGCAGCCUCUGCAGUCUGGGAAUGGGCAUGGGACUUGGUCUGGGUCUGGACAUGACCAAGCGAACGCUGAGGACGCGGAACGUACCCAUUUCCUCGGGUGGCGGCGGCGGCGGCGGAGGAGGAGGAGGAGGAGUGGGUGGAGCGUCCACGCCCGUUGGCAACUCUUCGUCGGCGAGCGGAGGCAGCAACUCGAAUGGUGUCUUCAGCAGCCCCAGCAACCCGGUGAGCACGCCACGGGGAACUCCCAGCAAUCCCGGAUCGGCAGCCAACGGAUCGCGUCGGUUGAAGCACAGCCACGAGGACCGCGAGCAGCGGCGGAGUUUGCGGCGCAGCACGCUGAGUGCGAGUGCCAGCGGCAGUGGUGGCCUGGUGGUCAGCGGAUCACCUGCCGGCAGCAAGUCCAACCGGUUGCAGGCCUGCAAUGGAGCCAUCUCGGCGCGACCGCCACCCUCGCCGAAGAAACUGAAUGCGGCGGUGCCGACGCUGGCGAUUGGAACGCGGGCCUACACGGCUGCCUUGGCGGCUGCAGCCGAUCACCUGAACAAGCGCUGGUCCCUGAGGAGCAGCAGCAGCAGUAGCAGCAACUCCAGCAGCAACCUGAUCACCGCCAUCAGCUGUUACAGCGCCAGGAGCAGAGCGGCGGCGGCGGCGGCAGCAGCAGCUGGAGGAUCCGGCGGAGGAGGAGGAGCGGGAUCUCCAGGAGGAGCAGCGAAUCCAGGUCCACCGCUAACCGCAUCCACGGCUGCCACGCGGAGGCGCUAACCUCUGUAGCCUGUGACCUCUGUAACCUGUAACCUCUGUAACCUGUAACCUCUGUAACCUUUAACCUGGAAACGGAAACGGAAAUAGAAAACAGAAAACAGAAAUAUUUGAAGACAGACGAAAGAAACCCAAAAUUCAAGCGGGCGAGCAACUUGCAAGUACAAAUCCUAAGCAACGGAAAACCUAAAAUCUUAGUUCUACGAAAUCGAAAAUGAUAAAUUGUGUAAUUUACAAAUUUUGAAUGUGCACAACACACACACACACACACACUUUGCGGAUAUCGGAUAUAUUGUUUUAAAUGUAUAUAGAAAGCUAUAUAACACACAACACGCAUAUAUAUAAAUAUAUAUAUAUUUAUACCUAAGCCUAAACAAUAAAACAAAAAUUCAUAAUGUAGCUAUAAAUCGCAGUUAGUAUAUAUGGUAGAUAUAUGGAGAUAUAUAUAUAUAUAUUUUUGUAAUGCCUGCAGUAAGCAGUUCUCCAAACAUCCGACAGUUUUCCUCAAAUGUGAAUGUGAAUGUCAUCAUUUUACGCUUUCAAUUUUAAUUUUCAAGGAAAAUGGAACAACACAACACAUCUGAAAGUAUUUAUCUUGUCUUUUAUGUUUUUUUUUUAAGUUAACUAAGAUAGUUGGUAAGUUAAGUUAAAAUGAGAGAUGCUAAUAAGUUAAAUCUUUUACCUUUUAAUUUCUUGUGCUUUGGUUGUAAGAAAAAACUACUUGUGUUUGCGUAUUAAAUCAUGUCAUCGUGCAUUAAGCAUUAUCAAAUCAAAUACAUAUGAUAUUUCACAUAA